ACGGAGGAGAGGAGGAGGAGGUGGACGGAGAAGAAGAAGACGAAGGAGGAGAAGGAGGAGGAGGACGGUGGACUCGCUAACGACGGCGAACGUCCUCGAGGGUGCAAGAUACCAGCACCAGCAACACCACCGACGACGAUGAUCGUGACAGGCGGCGAUCGACGUACAUGUUGGAGAAGGAGGCGCCGAUUCGCGGUUGCGGUACUGGCCUCGGCUCUACUUACCCUAGCGAUCGGUCCCGCGCCAACCGAGGGACACAGGCCAGCACCGAACAAUCCGAUCAUUCUGCAGACGAGCACCAGCACGACAACUACGCCCUUCUACGUACACACGGUGAAUGGUACCGUCUUAACGAACGGCAACUACGAUGAUUUUGAUGUACACGCGGAGGACGGAUACAACAGUACCAUCCAUCAUCACCAUCAUAAGAAGGUCGGCGGUAACAUGACCGAGGAGAAGGCGCCUCUGUUUCCCGAAGAUCUUUUCACCGUCCAUCAACGGCGACGCGGUGCCGUGAUACUUCACGUAGUCGGUGUGGUGUACAUGUUCGUCGCGUUGGCGAUCGUUUGCGACGAGUUCUUCGUGCCGUCUUUGGACGUGAUUAUCGAGAAACUGGAGAUCGCCGACGACGUUGCAGGUGCUACCUUCAUGGCGGCCGGCGGUUCGGCCCCGGAACUCUUCACAUCGAUAAUCGGCGUGUUCGUGUCGUUCGACGACGUCGGUAUCGGCACCAUCGUCGGUUCGGCCGUCUUCAAUAUUCUCUUCGUGAUCGGCAUGUGCGCUAUAUUCUCGCGUACCGUGCUCUCCCUCACAUGGUGGCCUCUAUUUCGCGACUGCACCUUUUAUAGCGCCAGUCUGCUCACCCUGAUCUAUUUCUUCCGUGAUAAUUAUAUUUACUGGUACGAGGCCCUCGUACUCUUUGGAUUCUACUUGGCUUACGUGAGCUUCAUGAAGUGGAACCAACCGAUGGAAAAGCUGGUCAAGAGAGUGAUCUACAGGAACAAGGUGACCCGGGUGAGGUCUACCGAUCAGCUGAUGCCCUCGCACCAGAGCGCCGCCCAGGCAUUGCAGCAUCCGAACGCGACGAACAGUAGCGAGACGAGCGUGGGUGGCGUGUCGGGUGCAUGCGGAAGCAGCGGCAUACCGGCGGGUGGAGAGGCCGGGUGCAGCAGCAGAGGUGGCAGCAGCAGUGGUGCCGGUGGCACGGCCGGACAGGGCUGCGAGCAGGCAGCCCUCGGUGGCUCCUCGUCUCAUUCCAGGGAGAGCCACGCCAAGUUCAGGCACGGCUUGCUACAGCUUAUGAUCCACACGAUCGAUCCGCUCCACGACGGUCAGUCCCGCGCCGGCAAAGUGGACGAGAAAGCGACGCAAUUGCACGCGAUAGCUUCGCUAAAGGUGCUACUGGAUGCCACCAGGCCGCACAACGGCGCUGCUACGUCGACCGCCGCCCAUUAUUCCGGUGCUUCGUCGAGAGAGACCACUCUGCAGCUGCAGCAAGGCUCCCAGGGCACCACCACGACCACCACUACGACGACGACCACCGCCGGCACCACCGCCGGCAUCCAGGAACUUCCCAAUGGCGGUAUAGCCGCUGGCCUCGAUGCGGGGCUCGAUUCGGGAGAGGAGGAUGAACCUCCGGAAGCCUUGGACAUGGGCUGGCCCAGCAGUCCCAGGAAAAGACUAACUUACAUUUUGGUUGCGCCAAUUCUGUUCCCUCUGUGGCUGACGUUACCGGACACAAGGACACCCAGAGGGAAAAAGUUCUUCGCGGUGACGUUCAUCGGCUCGAUCUUCUGGAUCGCAGCGUACUCGUACCUGAUGGUCUGGUGGGCGAACAUCGCCGGCGACACGGUUCGCAUUCCGCCGGAAGUGAUGGGCCUGACGUUCCUCGCUGCCGGCACCAGCAUCCCAGACCUCAUCACCAGCGUGAUCGUCGCGCGAAAAGGAUUCGGUGACAUGGCCGUCUCCAGCUCCGUUGGCAGCAACAUCUUCGACGUGACCGUUGGGCUUCCGGUACCGUGGCUGCUCUACGGCUUGAUCUAUGGAAAACCCGUGGAGGUGAACUCGGUGGGCAUGGUGUGCAGCAUAGCGAUCCUCUUCUGCAUGCUGUUGUUUGUCAUCAUGAGCAUCGCCUGUUUCAAGUGGCGAAUGAACAAGGGCCUCGGGUUUACGAUGUUCCUCCUCUACUUCGUCUUCGUUGCCGUCUCGCUGAUGUUCGAGUACGAGUUCCUGGUCUGUCCGGCCUAGGAACGCGGACCAACCGAGCGAUCCAGAGGUCCAGCAGAGACGGUAGAUGGACGCACAUUUACGGGUCUCGUCAUCGUCAUUAUCAUCGUCGUCGGCGAAUCGUCCACGGCCGAUGAGAACAAUCUUCCUCGAGCGCCGCAUCGAUCGAAAGAGGAACGACAGACAACAGCCUUCCCGAAAUAACAACCGAAACACAGUGUUGAUGCAUUGCAUCCCCUUCCCUCGUUCCCUAAAGAAUCUCGUUACUCUCCCAUCGCCGGUUUAACGAUUAAACGGUUAUUACACGUCACCCAGGUUACGAAGCGUUUUUGUUCUAGUCGAGAUACGUGUAAAUAUUGUAAAAACCUUGAAAUACCUGAAACAAAAUACUCGUCUCGUUAAGAAUUUUAGCGGCGAAUUCUGUUCGACGAACAGCCGUAGUCGUCGCUUUGUCUGAACGCAGCGAGCGCGUCGGCCAAUCGUGCCAACGAUCGCGCCAACGAUCGCGCCAACUAUAUCUACGUUUGCGUAAUCUAGAGAGAAACAGAUCGCUACGAUCUCAUUCCUUUUUGCCAUUUCUUCUUCCUCCGUCGCUACUUCUUCUUCUUCUUCUUCUCCUACCGUUCCUUCUUUUAUCUCUUCUCCGUAAUUCUACUCCUUGUUACUUCUACUCCUAUGCUACUCCUUUUAUACCACAUUGUUUCUUCCCACGAUACUUAUCCUAGAUGUAGCGUCUCGAUUCAAACAACUCGCUCGUCGAAGCCACUCGUUAGACUCUCGCACGCUCGAAGCUCGACGAAACGCCGCUUACCAACGCGAUUUCUCUCGAGGAUCGUCGAACGCACGACCGAGUUUAGAGCUACCGGUUUACCCGCGGCGGAAGGCAUCCGAUACGUCGAUGUUUUCGCUUUGAUACGCGACUCGUCAAGUGGCGUUAGUCGAACUGCCAAAUUGUACCACGAUGGAAACAAUGAAUUCGAUACCGUGUAAAGUAAAAUAUAUCGGUCGAACGAAUGCCCGAUUCGUGCCGCGAGUUUCCGAUCGCGAUCUAAAACCGUUUGACGCGAUUUCAUCCGUCGAAUAAGCGAUCGACGAUCUCUCGUUGCACAGUGGACGGCCUGACGGCUCGCUGAUUUCUCUCUAUAAAGUGCAACACUUUCUUUUCGUCUAUAACCGUAGGAUCUAGCCAAAUCUACUCUAUCGUGUUCGAAAAAUCUGCACGGACGCGCUUCCGACGCUCGACGCUUCGUUUUCGAAUUCGUUACACGCGAUAGCGUUAGGCAACCCUUUAGGUUUCCCUUUCGCGGUGUAUUUUUAGUCACGCGCGAAGAACAAGGCAACUAUCGGAACAACGUUGCGAAAAAUUCAUUCAGGGACAAAACAUGCGAGUGACAAACGCUCCGGCUAAUUGGCCAGCAGCGUGUCAGCUCGAUUAAUCGCUCGAAACUCGCAAAGCCGUUCGAUCCGCGUUGUGUUUGCUCGAUACCAUUGUUUCGCCUAACGCUAUCCCCCGAGGUCGUUUUUUCCGCGUGCGGCUCCGCGAAAUUACAUUGUCUCGCGAACGAAAACAGUAGCCGUGGGAGGAAAGGGACGGCGCGCGAGGGUCGGAACCAUGACGAAACGCGGCGAACUCCGGCUCGCCUUCAAUCGAUCGGCCACACGUCGCGUUUUCACUGACCGAAAACGAAUCCGCCGAUCGUCAGCGCUUUACGCAGAGAACGGAAGCGCCGAUUCGGAUCGCGAAUCGCCGAAACGACGGUGGAUCGAUCGAUCGUUUCGACCAUAGAAAAUUUAUUAUCUCUCCUCUAAUUAUUCUACACAUGUAAGAAUAUCUUCGGUAUUUUGAAGGAAUCGCCGACGUUGAAAUCGAAAAACGACCACCCUCGUUUCAGCAACGAUUUUACCGGUAGAACACGCGCCUCCGGUUUCCGGCGUGCCUGUUUUUAACUUCGAUUAAUAGCUAUUCAAAUAAUCUACGUAAGAGACACGAGAAGUGGUCGAAUCUUCCUAAACGCGUAGCGAAACUGGCGAAACGCAGUCACCGAGGGGAAGGUCGUGCAGUCGACUCGAACGUCAUUCGAACCGAGCACCCGCGACGCUUGCUCCGCACCUCUCUCUUGAUGGUAUUCAGUUUACGAUCGAGUCGCUGCACGCCGUUCUUUCUCCGUAGAAGAGUAACGCUAACAAAACUCCAAUACCGGAGAUCACGGGGCAAGCGGAAAAGUGAAACGCUCGAGGCAAAAACGAAAAAGAGACUUUUUGGUUACUUAAAGGAAAAAGGAGAGAAAAGAGCGUGGUUCCGUGAUCCUGGGUCGAAAGCGAUUCUCGCUGAGCUAUCUUUCGCUGACAUUCUUUCGAGUUUUCGAUGUCACGCUACGUACGUUUCGAGCGCGUAGAUCAUAAACAAAUAGGUAUAAACGUGAUAUCGAUUAAGAUAAGGAUACUGAAAGCGGAGAAGGUGAAAUCGCAGCGCGACUGCGGUUCGGCGAGAGGAUUAAAAGGAACGACGUAUAUAUCCGGAACCGCCUGAACGCCUAACAGCGGCCUAGCUUUUUACUAAAGAAGAAAAGAAAAAACAGGGAAAAAAACACAAAAAAAAAAAAAUACUCGCACGACGCAAAAUGCUGUUUGCGGAUGCAGAGAAUCAAAUCGUAACGAGGAGUGACCAGAAAUCACGGUGAACCGGAGAAGAAACGGAGUAGAAAAUGACAAGCGAACCUAACCGAUUCGGUAACGAAAUUAAACGAGAAUUCACUUCGCGCAUACUUCAAACGUUGUCACACUUUUGUACACUCUCGACUAUCGAAACUAAGAGGAGGAACCAUCGCGGUUCACGGUUCAAGCAGCUUUACGCUCUAAGAAGCGAGCUCGUGUUUGCGGCGCGUUCACCGUACCCACGAAUCGUAGUUGUUCUACUCUUUAGCCGCUGCUACGUCUCGUUAAUAUCUCGUUCUCGCUCUUCGCUACGGGACUCUUACGAAAAACGUCCGUAGCCGGGUGCUGUUUGACUCUCGCGUUUCACCGACUUUUACAUCUUCUAGCAUCGAACUAAUCUUACGCUUCUACUACUAUUACGAUAAUUCUACGUUGAUCCGUGGCGAUCGGCCGUGAUAACGCGUUCUCGAGGACCGACUUGGCGAUAGCUCGAAAAAAGGAGAGGAACUAUUCUAUCGGAAUAGAUGCGAUCGCCGAUCGUCACGUGGUUAUUACGCUGCGUCGCGUCUAAUUGUCAGCCGUGUUCGCCUUAUCGUCUACCGAUACUACUUCAACGAGGAAGUUUCGUAGUCUGUCGAGAAACGAACGGACUAGGCGCUCGUCACGCACAUGCUCGCCAAACGCUGGAUGGCUUUCAUCGAUCCUCUCGCAUCCGCGGAUCGUUCUUUCGAAAGUGGGCUCUCGAUCGUGCCAGUUUCCAUCGAGAAAAUCGCAGGAUCAAACGGGAAAAGGCGAAGCGUUCUCGACGCGUCCGAAUGAAAGGUACGGGAAGGACAAUGAGAAAGUGAAUGCAGCGGCUUCUCACGAGACGAUUUGACAUAAUGAGCGAGCAACAAGCGCGUAAAUAUAACGACGAAAGCAGGAGAGGAACCUUUAGCGCGAAGUAGCUGGUAGGACGUAGCGUUUCUUAAUAGUUUCGUAAACGAUUACAAGAAGCAAGUAGCGAAAGAUGCACAAUACGAUCUUCCCGAAGUACCGAUCACCGAUUAACAAAACGAUUAAAGGAUGCCAGAAAAUGUACAUAUACACAGAUGCGUACACGAACAUACACACACACGCGCACACACACACGAACACACAUACACAUAUACGCGAAGACACGUACAGACAUAUGGAAAGAAGAGAAACAAACGGCGGCGCCUCUUUUUUGCAAUUUAGCAUUUUUAGUACUACGCCGAGGAAGAGAGUGAAAGAGUGUGUAUGUGGAAGAGAGAGAGAGAGAGAGAGAGAGAGAGAGAGAUUCCGUGUAGCUUCGAUUAUUAUAAACGUUUUCAAUCAAACAUUUGUUAUCGUAGCGCGUACUGAUACCGUAACGAUCGAUUAUUAUUAUUAUUAUACAAUCUCGUCGAAACAUAGAAAAAUCACACGCAACCAACAGGUUCAACGCUGGCGACGUUUGAUCGUCGCAGAAGCGAUCCGACCUGCGUCGAGCACGGGUGUGGCCGAGGCCGCGAACGAAGUAAUGCAAUCCCCCGAGCUUCCGGCUUUCCUCUCGUACGAAUUCCUCUUGCAUUCGAUCACCGACAGAGAACGAACGAUCGACAAAGAAAGCCGAGCAUCGUCUCUAUGAAACAAAAGUUCUUCCUGGAUUCAACGACGAGAAAUGUCAAAGCGAAUCGUCCUAUUCGCGGAAAUUUCUCGUCCCGAAUCGAAAUCCUGUACAAAACGGAACGCAACGUAGUUUAACGUAUUCGUGCCCUUAAGAGAAAAGAGGGUAACGAUAAAUAGAGAGUUCGUUAGGUUGUUCUCGUUGAAACGAAAACGGAUGAACGGGAAAUCGCGUGAUAAGGCGAAGGUCAAACGGGCGAAAUGCUCGAAGCUCGGGGUAUUAUCGCGCUCGUAAUUUGUACUUUAUAAUACUUUAGGAUAAACAUCGUUGAGGGUUGAAAGGGGACAUCGAGUUUCAAUUCUAAUCUUUGAAUUUUCGACGCGCGUCUCGCCGCGAGACGUAACGGGACACACAUCGUUGCGGCCGAUCCCAUAUUUAACGGCUCGAGAUUCAUUUUUAUAUAUUAAAAGAGAAAAUAAAAAAGGAACAAAAAAAGAAACAAAUACGCGUAUGUAAGAGCGAUCGUUCAAGUCGAAUCUUGCGUUGUCGAAGACGUCGGUACACACGAUUGUUACCGGUGCCAGUGUUGACCGAAACCGUGUGUUGCGAAUUGUGUUCAUGGUUCAAGAGUAAAUUCCUUCGUUUUCUUUCGCCGUGUUCGGGACGCGUGUAGAUCUAAGCCGAUGGAAAAGGUUCCUUUUGUUCGACCGAUGGAAACAGGAGAACGAGGAAGGAAGGAUCUUAUCGAAGUAUAUUUUACGACCCACUUUCUUUUCAACGCGAUCGUCAUCGCGGUUGCCCUAAUUUCUUUUUCUUUUUCCUUUCGCUCUCGUCUCUUUUCGUUAUUGUAUUCUAAAUACGGCAGCGAUAAAAAGGAAAAAAAAAAUAUGCGCGCGUCAAACUCCGUUGGUUGAUUCUUUACACAACCGUUGUGUAAUUCGUAUCACGGAAUCAGAGUCGUUCGUUCGAGAAAUUUUUAUUCUAUUCUCGUAUCGCGAUUCUUCGAGCAUCCGCAAAUAACCAGACGGGGACAGCCGCGCUCUUCGUCGAAUAACACAAACGGAGAACCGAUGUGAAUCGAGGGAAUUCGGACGUGACAUGCGAAACACUUUCGAGCGAACGUGGUCUCGAGGAGAACAUAAUACCGUGACGAUAGAGCCGAAUGACCAUAAACCUGUCGAACGGUUUGCAUCCUUCGCGAUACGAGAGGACAAACUUCUUCCCUCUGUAUGACGUACCGUUGUAUCGAAAAUAUUGCUUUCCAUCCCGAUAACGUAGCUUUAAUUAUCGUUAUAUGGUUUAUUUAAAAGAAGGAAAGGAGACGGGGAGAAAAUGAGGAAGAGAAGGAUCGGGAGUAAGAGCGCGAGCGCGUACCAGAACGCACGAGAGAACGAGAAAAAUAAUUGUGAGCUUGAAUGUAUGUAGAUAGAGGUGUGUGAGUGAGUGAAAGAGAGUGAGGGACAGAAGAUGGGGAGGAGAGGGGAGGGGUUGUGGAAGAAAACCGAACAGAAGAGAACAGAAAUUCCGCUUACAAAGGCUUAAAAAUACAUUCUCUUGGCAAUGACAAGGCGCGAACGCACAUAUCAAAGAGAAGGAGACGCUGACGAUUUAAUAAAGUAACUAAAUAAAUACUUAGCGAUAUUAUUAGAUACUUAUAUUGUAAGAUACUUAGGGAAAAGUUAAAAAAGAAAAAAAGGAAAAGGAUAAAGGUGUUACAAAGUUUCUAUAUAUGAUUAAAGAUUAUAUUAUUAAAUACGUAUUAUAUGUAUAUAUAUAGUAUAUAUAGUACAUAUAGUAUAUAUAUCGUACAUACAUAUAGGUACACGUCUGUAUGUAUAUACAUAUAGAUAUUAUAUAUACACACACUGUUUUCGAGUGGUGAUCGAGCCUGUCGAACGAUUCGAUCGCAUGCAGAUGGCAGAUCGUUGUUGGACACGCAGUGGCGGGCGCGGGCGCGCGCACACACCCACAUACGCACAUCGCACUAUGUAUACUAUAAGACGUGUGUGCGCGCGUGCGAAAGUUGCACGCGUGAAAGAUGCCAGUUAAUUAUCGAUCUUCGGCGUAUGCUAUACGUUCCCUUACGAUUAGUUACACGCAACAAUACAGGUGCUCGCUUGCAACGUGCGCGCGCGCGUGCGCUUGUACGCACGAUACACACACAUAUAUAUAUAUACACAUAUAUAUAAAUAUAUACAUAUACGUGUGAUAUCGUUUGUUCCGAUUUUUUUUCCACGUAUGUUAUAUACAAAGCACACGUAUAUAUAUAUACAUAUAUUUACAUAUAUAUAUAUACGUAUAUACAUAUAUAUAUAUAUAUUUUAUGAUUGUCGUUGUUGAAUUCGUCGCAUUACAUAGGGUUUUACCCCCGUCCAUCGCCGCAGUAGUAGACGUACUGGAUACGACGUAAUUGAGAAAAAAAACUUCGGAUUUUACGAGGUAAACGGAUGACGAGAGGAACCUAGGUUACCGCAGUAUCUUAGAUGAAAAUGGAUAAAGUAACAAAAUAUUAUAAAUAAUUAUACUAUUAUACAUUAUAUACAUACAUUAUCUACAUACUUAUAUACAUAAAGGCGCAUAUAAAUAUGUAAAGGUCUAACGUUGUAUACGUCGGGAUGAGAGAGUCCGAGGAUAGGAUGAUUUUAUUACGGCAACGCUUUCUUUCGCUCGUGCGUACGGAUAUAUUUGAUAAUUGUCGCUCUUCUCUUAACCCUUUCUCUGCCCUUGAGUAUUCGCUCCACGCGCGCCAUAUAUCCCCGCGAUCGUUCCCUUCCAAAUUACACACCUUUUACAUCGGUAAGUGGAUCUUGAUCGCUUGCCCGAUACGAUGCGAGUAGAUCAAAUGAUCGUGUCGCGAUACUCUGCGCUUCGGGAACAGAAGGGCCGUUAGAUCAACGAUCUAAACUUAUUUCUUCGUUGCUCGAUCUAUGGUGGUAAACAGAAUAUUUUUACGAGACUAUCGUUCUAGCGACACGACCGUAGAAUAAUUUCAAAGCUACGUUGUUAAAUUACUAUUCACCGAUUGUUAUAUCAGCGUUUAUCUGUUGUUUUUAUCGUACAAACGACGACGUAGAGAAUUAGAAGGAGAAGACAUUUUUCUAAAGGAAAAGCGUGGAGUUGGAGAAUGACGACAGUACUAGGGUUAAAUUGGAACGUACAAAGGUCGAUUUUCUGUUUUUCGCGGAUAUUUAGGAUACAUGCGAUUAGACGAAACCAGCCUAGUACGUAUAUGUACAUGUAUAUGUAUAUGUAUAUGUAUCUAUAUCUAUAUAUACAUGUAUAUAUACACACACACACACACGAGCAUAUAUAUGUAUGUAUAUAUAUAUGUAUAUUAUAUACACUUUCACAUAUACACAGGCGUACACGUACAACACAUCACACAUACACAAAUAUACACAUAUGUAUAAAUAUAAAUAUGAAUUUUACUACGGAUUGCAGCGUGCACGUGCAAUUUGAUCGGGAAACAACGAGGUCUCGAUAAGCGUUCGAUUUGACGAUUUUUGUGAUACCUGUCAAAUAUGUAAACGGCAAAUCGAUCUUCUCGAUAGACGACCACGCUUUUCGUUUGUCUCAGUCACGAUGUAACUUCGUACGGAUGCCGGUACGAGAGUAUUUUCAACGGCGACAAGACAAAUGCUGCACCAACGACCAUAUUAUUUACACCUCACGCAGGAUGAUUUUCGGCUUAUAUCUAGAGAAAUCGCUGAUCGCGUGCGAGUUGAACGUUAACGAGGAUAUUACAUGCAAGAUAAAAGAGAAAAAAAAGAAAAAAGGAAAAAAAAUCGGUACAGUGAAUAUCUCGCAGGGAGAUAAAUAAAUAAAUGAAAAUAUAACAGGCUGAUGUUAAAGAGAAAUGUCGCGGUAGAACCGAUCGCGAACGAACAUUUAGGAUCGGUAAUUGAACGUAGCCGAUUACAACGUUUCCCUUUCUUCCGUCUCGUUCGAUCGUUAAAACGUAUUUCGCGUUAUCUCUUCGAUUACAAUCGAAAUUACACGAUUUGUCCUUUUGUUCGAAAUAUCGAAAUCUCGGAGUGUGUUACAGUUCGCUGGGCGAUUUUAAUCAAACGUGGUGUCGUGAUAGUGAACGAAAAUUGGUGAUCGGCCGUGUCAACGAUCGAUCGGAUACUCGACUUUCGUUCGACGUGUCGGUGCUAUCGCGACCGAUAACGCGUGCAAUAAAACAGAAUAUGUAAACAAUAUUAAUAUCAUUAUAUACAACAUUUUUACGGCAUAUACGAAUACGAUGUAGAGAAAACAGGUGAAAAACAAGUUUAGGAUAAUAUUACUUGUUGUUGUCUACCAUAGCGUUGUAGUUAUAUACAAUACAGGUAGGAAAUUAUAGGCAAGCCGAAGCGAAUGAGAGGGAGAACGAGUGCGAGAGUGUAAUGGAACUGAGAGUAAACGCGUAUGAACGAUGUACGAGUGUGUGUCAGAGAAAGAGAAAGAAAGAAGGAGAGAAAGAGAUGCGAAUGAGACGAGAGAAAAAGAGAGGAGAAAAUUUGAUGCAAUUGACGAGCGUACAUGUUAUUAUUACGUAAUAGCAACUAUAUAUAUAUUCACAUAUAUAUGUAUUGUACAUAUACCUAUGUGUAUAUAUAUACAUACUCGAGAAAGCUGCUUACUUGAAAGCAACCAACAACCAACAGAAGAAAACAAAAAAAUCAAUGAUUAACAUUAUAUACAGAAGUCUAUACAUAUAAACUUUAAAGAACGUGUGCCUAUGUGCGCACGUGCGUACGCGCGCGUACGUGCGGACACUCGACAACCCCGAAUCCAUCCGAUUCCCACCUCCUGCCCAACCAACCACCCUCCUCUGCAGCCUCUCUCUCUCUCUCUCUCUCUCCUUCCUCAACUCUGACAUCCAUCUAUCCCCCUCUCUGCCCCUUCACCCUCAUCUGUCCAUCCAUCCAUCCAUCUAUCCAUCCAUCUAUCCCUUCUCCCCUACCCUUCAUCCUUUCUCUUCCUGUCUUUCUGUAUCUCCCUCCAUUCUACUUCACACGCACUUGCGCACAUAUCCAUGACGCAUUACCGUAGCCGUGUUGUGUAGGGAAUGUCUUUAACGAAUAAGAUACGAUUUCUCAUGUUACAUGUUAUAAGAAGCAAAAAAAAGAAAAAAAAAAACGAAGCAGCAAAAGUAACUCAAAAAAGAAAAAAAAAAAGAUAAUAACGAGACAAAUCUCUUCUCCGGUCAGUUGCAGGAUCGCUCGAACGUUGUCGAAUCAAUAAUCCUGUAGACGAUUCCGUGUUGUGUCGGAAAAACGAAAGAAAGAAAGAAAAGGAAUAAAGAAAGAGGCAGAGAAAAAAAUAGAGAAAAGAGGAAAGGAAGAAAAGGAUACGUGACACGAGAGAAAAGGCGAAGGGAACUUUCGUUGAGGAAUGUACGCAUAUACUCUGUACAUUACAAGUUGUUCGUAUUCAUUAUUAUUGUUAUUAUUAUUAUCGCUACGAUUAUUAUAAUUAUUACUAUUAUUGCUACAGAUAUGUGUAUAUAUGUAUACAUGUAUAACAGUGUGUAUAUACAUAUAGACACGUAUUACGCGUGUUUUGCCAGCCGCGGUGUUCCUUUAUUCGUGGCUCAACUUUUUUCCCCUCUUUCCAGCCGACCCACUUGCUAUGCCACAGCCAAUGAUCGUGCUUUUCUCGUCACAAAAGAAAAAUCUACAAGUCGAUUAACAAACCGGCCGAAAUAUGAGAAAAUGAAAAUGCGAUUGAAGAUGCCAUCGGGAUAGGUUGACGCGUUCAAUCGUUCAUCAUUCCGUUCGGUUGUCAUCCUCUUGAAAUUAAAGAUUUUUCGUUUAAGUUAGAAGUAUGUUAGUUAGUUUCAUUUUGCGUUCAAAGACGAAACGAUUACCGAAAUACAUACUCGAUGUUUCUUUCGUUAUUCCAUUCGUUUGAGACGUCAGCCUAUAAAGGUAUGUAUGUAUUUCUCCGAAGAAUGCCAUCACGCAAGGGUGCGUGUAGAAUGUACAUACAUAUCUUUAGAAAAGUUCCUUUGAAAUCACUUUUCAAGUUCUUAAAGUUGCUUUCUCUUGUUCCAUCGCUACGAUUAUAUCACUUCCCUUGCUUAUUGAAAAAUAUUUAACACUUUGUACUUUGAUCUAUCUACGAUUCGUGUUUCAGGUUUUUUCCGUUUACAAAUUGGACGAUGAAAAAUUAGAAAAAAUAUUCCAUUAUUUUGUUUAAUAGAGCUAAUCGAGUAUGACAUAUUAGUCUAAGAUAGUCUCUAGUUUUCUUGGAAAUUUUUAUUUUUUCGUUCUAAAGUAUUGGUCUUAAAAAUUAAAAAAUAUCCUGCUAUCGGGAUAAUCGCGAUCGAAACGUCAGCAUAUGGCAUAAGAAGGAGAAAAAGAGACGAGAGGAUGCACGAUCCGCGAACAAUGAAUCGGAUAUGCGGGUCAACGAUGUCAGCCAGCGUUGUGACCAGUUUUUCCUUAUACUUAACUUUGACCGAGAGAGUCCUCACGGCACGGCGUAGAUGGAAAAGUCGGGCGGUGGGUUAUCGAUCAUUAAGAACCAGAUAUAUAUGCAUUAUUCCGUACCAAGUACGGCUAGAGCUAUCGAGUAAUUUAAUAUAGAAUUAAAACAGUCAACUGUAUCGCGAUUAACGGAGCACGAACGAAGAAAGGCCUGCAUCGACCAUCUUUCCUCCACACUUUUAACCCGAUUUCCCGUUCCUUCCGAAAAAAAAACACCCAGUUCCCGUUAUUCUAAUAUUCCUGCCUCCCUCUAACCCUCAACAAAAACAAGAUAACAUAUUGUAAUCUAUUGUAGAUUGUUGUAGAUAAAUUAUACGGUUUGACCGUACAUUGUUACUUUUUGUCGACAAUAUAAAAUACACAGAUAUAUAAGUAA